AUGACUCAUUUCGUUAGAGUUGACUUUAAUUCAUUAUAUCCUUCAUCAUUUUCAUCUAAUCCUCAUGAUUUCAUUCAAUAUACUGACCAUAAAAUGUAUAUGCCGGGAAGAUUGAAUGGUGUUAUCAUUUGUGAUACAGCAACAAAGAAAGCAAAAGCACUGGGAAUAAUUAAGAAGAAAAAUACUUUAUUCGUUGCUGAAGUAAAGGGUCACAUUGAUGAAAAAUACAUUAAUGAUUACAUAAACUUUUUACCGAUAAUAAGAAACUUAGAUAUUAUCACAGAUGAAAAAACAAUUGGCAGUUUUAUGUAUAAUUACAUGAAAUCAAACAAUCUACCAGUUGACCAGAAACAGAGGAAAUUAACUCAAUUAGCAUCAACACACAACCAAUAUCAACCAUUUUCUUCUUAUUAUCUUUGGUAUCUAAUAGACAGAUUUCAUUUUAUCAUUGAUGACAUUCAAUCAAUUUUAACAUUUACGAAAAACACUUGUUUUAAUGAAUUUGCGAACGAAUUUAUGAACGAAAGACAAAAGGCUGAAUUAGAAGGAAAUAAAGGAAAAAGUUUAUUUUGCAAGAUUUCGCUUAAUGGAUUAUAUGGUUACGAUGCAAUGAAUACACAAAAUUACGCAAAGACUAAAAUAAUGAAUGCACAGAAAUCACGCGUUGCAUGUAUGUCAAAUAAGUUUAAAAACAUAAGAGAAAUAGGUGAGGAUACAUAUCAAGUGAUGCUUAAAGAUAGAUUUUAUAGAUGUGAUACAUGUUUACAAGAGGCAUUCUUCACUUUAGAUAAUGCUAAAUACUGGUAUUUGGUUUUCAUUUAUGAUUUUAUGUAUAAAUGCAUGGAUGUUAAUCGUUUUCAUUUCAUUGAAGGUGAUACUGAUUCAUCUUAUUGGGCUAUUGCUGGCGAUCCAAGUCUUCCUAACACUCAAGCAUUUCAGGCGAUUGUUACCGAUAAAAAAUUUUAUGAUAAAAACAUUUUCAAAUUCGCACCAUUUGAUUUCUUCUGUUUUGAUGAGAAAUUUAAACCUAAAUUAAAGAAUAAAGCUGAAGAAAAAGCACAUGAGAAAAAAUUAUUGGGUUUAGCAAUUGAGAAACAAGGUGAUAACAUGGUUGCUUUAUGUCCUAAGUGUUAUACAUCAUUCAACGGUUCAAUUGAUGGAAGUGAUUUUAAAAAGAUUGCACAAAAAAUGAAGGGUGUUA